CAAUGUCAUUCGUCUUGACGUGUAAGCGCAACUUUCUGUGAAAUUUUAUGUGCUUGGAAUUCACUUUGUUUUCUAAUUUAUAAAUGAUGACAAGGAACAAAUAGGUGCAUUAAAAGGAUAUAAUAAAGUGUAUAAUUUUGUUAGUAAUAUAAAGGACAUUUUAAAUCGGCAAUAUGGUUUUAAUGACAAUGAUUGCCCGAGUAGUCGACGGGCUGCCUUUAGCGGCUACGAUGCAAGACGACGAACAGAGUGGUUGCAAUGUAUUGGAGUAUCAAAACCAAGCAAAAAUGCUGUUUAGAAAGCUAACUCCCCAGUCACCAAUUCGAUGCUCCAUUGAAACUGGGCCUUUUCUCUUCCACUAUUUGAUAGAGAAUGAGAUAUGCUACCUUGUGUUGUGUGAACGAAACUACAGUAAAAGACUAGCAUUCAGUUACUUAGAAGAGAUUGCACAGGAGUUCUAUCAUCAAUACGGAAAACGAGUGAACACAGUAACAAGGCCGUACACAUUUAUCGAGUUCGACACGUGGAUGCAGCGCACACGCAGGCAGUAUGCAGAGGGCGGCGCGCGCGCACGUAAAGCGGGCGCCGCCGCGCAGCUGGGCGGUCAGCUGGGUGACGUGCAGCGGAUCAUGAUGCAGAACAUUGAUGACGUGCUGCAGAGGGGCGCGAUAUUAUCAGAGCUGGACACAAAAACGCAAAAUCUAUCAAUGAUGUCACAGAAAUACAAAAAGGAUGCUGUCUAUCUCAACACAAAGUCAAUGUUAGUGAAAGUGACGGCCGGAGCUGUCAUACUGCUUGUGUUUGUUCUGUACUUCUGGGUGCUUUAGAUGAACUUCCUUUGAUGAACCUUAGAAAUGUAAUUAUACCAAAUUUGUUAUGAGGAAUUAUUCUUGUUAUAAUCUUACACAUUGGUGUUUUAAUGCAAAAAGAGAUAGAUUGAAUUUCAUGCACAUUAAAUCUUGCCUAAUAUACAUCAGUACAACAUGUGUUUUGCAAAAAACCAAAAACAUAAACUUUUUUUACUUAAAACAUCAUCAAUAUAUCAGAUGUAUGGAAAAAAAUAGAGCCAAACCUUUACUUGGUAUCAAGAGAUGAUGCAAUGUAACAAAAUAGAUAAAAAAUAUACUCUUAUUACUAAAACUUUUGGGAAUGUAUAAAUACAAACCAAUCUCUCAAUCACAACACAAAAAACCUCACAUGUACAGUCUGAGAAAAAGUGUAUUAAAAAACUGACUAAAACAUAUUGAACAUUCAGUUCACUAAAUUCAAGGUGCUAAAUCUGAAUAAUAACACUUAAAUAGGUUACCGAAAACAAGAAACUUGUCAGCUUAAGUUUAUAGUGUUUUUAAUGUCUUAUCUUUUUACAACAAUCUGUAUAAUAACAAACUAUACUUCAAUUCUUCAUCAAAGUGUUACCAUUAAAGCGUUCCAUGGAAUUAUUUUUUGAGCAUGAGCUAAAUAUUUAUAACCAAAAGUUGUACAUAAUUCUCAAAAUCUUAAAGAUACUUAAGUUGGUAACAUGUUAUUUUUAUGUAAAAAGAAAAUUGUUAUAAUACUUUAUCUUGUAGCUGUAAUCUUCUAGAAAUUACUUCUCAUCUAUCUUCUGAGAUCCAUCACACAUUUGGUACAAUACAAAUUUGCUAGUGUAAUAUCUUGUUGACUGAUUUUUUUGUCUUGUAUAUAUAUAUAUAUACCCACAUGCAUUCCAUCACAAAUAAUAAUUUGUGAUACAUAUAUUCACAGCACAAACCAAUAAUGUAAAAACAUUAUGACACAUCUUGAUACUUUUUAUUUUUCAAAUUUAUCAGUCACUAUAGAAGAGACUGAACCCUAUUUUGUUUUUAUAUAUUACUAGCAUACCCGGUAAAGCUUCGCUUUGAGUCAUUCCCUAACCCUAUCCUUUUCUACUACACCUAGCCUACCCAACCCUACCCCUAAUGUCAAUGCAAUAAAAAUGUAGAUUUUCUCUGUACAGAUAUGUAAUUUUCAAAUCUCAAUUACCAUCAAUUCAUAAAGAUGUCUUGUUUAUUGCUAUUUGGCGUUGUGUGUCGCAACUAAAGUUAAGUUAGUAAACUGUCGUUAAGUUGUUGCUACUUCUUAUGACUGUCUGUUUGACAAACAACACAACAACGCAAAGUACAAUGAUGUCUCAUUUAAAAUUAUUCUAUUAGAAUAGAUUAGGGACUGCAUUUGGAGAAGAUUUGAAAUACAAAUACAAUUCUUUAUUUGCUGAUAUAGUUUACAAGGUCUUAACAAAUAAAUAUAAUCUGUUCUGUAUCACGCCCGAUUGGCAUGCAAAAUAUUAUAUUAGUUACAGUUGAGAAAGGAACAUCUUAUUUUUCAAUUUAUUAUAAUAUCUGUUUUACCUGUAAUACAUUUUACUGUCUCUAAUUAUCCAGGAAGUGUUAGACCUUAUUUGAAAUAUUAGAAACUACUUAGAGAACCUGAAGUUCAUGAAAAGCUAAAAUGUGUUAAUUUAUUUUUAUUUUUGCAACCAAAAUUUUAAUAUUUAUAAAGAUGAUGGACUGUGCUUGAAGCAAUAUUUUAUUUGAAACUGAUCAGUUUUAACUUUGACAAGAACUAAUAUGAGCUUGAUUAAUAUUGUGAAAAUGCACCUUUACAGACCUACCCCUGAAUACUGAAAUGUCUUGAAAGUUGAGGAUACCUUAUUUUACUUAACUUCGGUAACAGCAAUGCAAUGUAGCCAUGUUAUAUAUAUUUUAAUACAAGCCACCACCUCGUUAGCAGACCUAAGAUGCACACAUCUGAUAUCUGACAAGAGAUAACUGUCUUUAAAAUCUCUUUCCUUGUGAUGGGAGAAACCAGAGUAAUAUGUAGACAAUAUUAUCUUGUUAUCUCUUUAUUGUGUGUUAAACUUGCUGCUUCUAAUAUCCAAUUUGAAGCAAAACUACUGUCAUGGUAUGCCAGCCAAUGCAUCACAUCAUAUAUUAUCUGAAUAUUCAAGGUGGCCUUAACAUUUAAUUCAUUUUUAGUUUAUCUGAGUAUCAGCUUAAUGAAGUAAGAUUUUUGUUAAUAUAUGCAAUUUAAUGUAAUGUUUUUUUAUUCUAUUAUGAGUGUGAGGAUGGUGACGGAAUGUUGUAAAUGUUAAUGUCUUGUUGAUAAUGUAUUUAUUUAAGAUGUAAUAAAUAUGUAUUCUUUGCAAAA